GAUACGUACUGUGGAGUGUGGGCAGGAAGAGAGCGCACGGUGGCAACUCAAAGAACAGACUUUGGGCAAGCUUCAGAAACCGGUGGAGCUCAACAUGUCACAUUUCUAAUGUUGUGUUACGGUCUGAACUGAACCUACUCUCACCCGAACGUGCACGCCUAGUCCCCGAACUUGUGGAUUUGGGACGAAAACUAGGACCGGAGGCACAACGGCGUCGCUGCUUGCAGUUUGAAACACAGCAGGGCUGCUUGCUGACGGAGAGGAAGAGAGGGGACUUUUUUCAGAACCAUGAGAGAAUACAAAGUAGUGGUUCUCGGAUCUGGCGGGGUUGGCAAAUCCGCAUUGACUGUGCAAUUCGUAACGGGAUCCUUUAUAGAGAAAUAUGAUCCCACGAUAGAGGAUUUCUACCGAAAGGAGAUCGAGGUGGACUCGUCGCCUUCCGUUCUGGAGAUACUGGACACGGCGGGGACCGAGCAGUUUGCCUCCAUGCGAGACCUGUACAUCAAAAACGGCCAGGGCUUCAUCCUAGUCUACAGCUUGGUCAACCAACAAAGCUUCCAAGACAUCAAACCAAUGAGGGAUCAGAUCAUUCGGGUGAAACGGUACGAGAGGGUGCCGAUGAUUCUGGUCGGGAAUAAAGUGGACCUGGAGGGCGAGAGGGAGGUCUCGGCCGGGGAGGGGAAAGCGCUGGCGGAUGAGUGGAAUUGCCCGUUUAUGGAAACUUCAGCCAAAAAUAAAGGCUCGGUGGACGAACUGUUUGCAGAGAUUGUCAGACAGAUGAACUAUUCUUCAGCACCAGGCAGAAACGACCAGUGCUGCUCGUCUUGUGUUAUUCUUUAAAAGGAGAAUCUAAGUUUAAAUGUUUCACAUUUCUUAAAUUUGCAAAUGGUGUGUUGCAGGUAGUCUGUACUGUUGAAUUGUUCUUCGUGGCUCACCUUGGACUGAGUUAAGGAAUUCCGUGAGGGAGGAGGGUAGCAGGGAGGGUGAGGGCCACUCUUCAGGAAUUCCGUUCGGCUGGAGUAUCGUUGCAGCAAACUCAAUGUACACCAUUGAUGUCAACAGCUCAGCUGAGUUAGCGACCCUUGUCUCAGCUUGCGCUCCCAGCUGGAACUUAUCCCCAACGGCAGAGAGGUCGAGACUGGGACCUGAAACGCUAUGGAUAUUCCUUUUAUGUAAAGAGGAUAUGACUAGAAAAGCAUAUUUUGUUAAUUGCUGCAUAUUAGUUUUUUUUUUUGGGGGGGGGUUCAUUUUUUGACAUUUCUCCCACCCUCAUGGAGUUAUGUUCUGUGACCACAGCACACAAAAUAUGUUUUUCAAAGUCAGUGAGGUUAGAAUUGGACACAACUUUUGUGGAGUGUUAUGAUGAGUGCCACCCGUUGUUUUUUCCUCCUUCAACAUGCGCGAGAGGACAUGACGUUACUGACGGACAGACGGCGAUCCGACCGCCCUCGCAUCGAGUGCCUUUCCAAAACAGCUGUUCAAAUUUAUUGCCAACCUGAGAGUGUCGCCACAAGACUCCCACAACAUGGCAAUCUACAAAGUUCUUAACUGUUGGACUGGAUAAUCUCUUUGGGGAGAAGAAUAAACAAUGUCACAACAAGGCUUUUGAUAAAGGAAUGGUGGUUGUCUUCUAUUUAGUUUUUUUGGGGGCCUUUUGAAAACUAAGACUUUUUGUUGUUGUUGCUCUUAAAUUUGAAUACACAGGUACUGGAUACUUUUACCCACCAAACACUUCUUCCAGACCAUUUAAAUGAAAGGAAUUCUAUGUUUUGUCUUUAUUUUAAAAAGAAAAUGCGAUGUACCAUUAAAGUCUAACCCGAUUGUACGUUUAAUUUCAGACCAGCCUUUUAACAGCUGUCUGUCUGUUUUAAAAAUACUUUUAAUACAAAUUGCAUUUUUUUUAAA